CCAGGUGGUUCCGUGCAAACGAUCAGCCCGAACAGAUCGCUGACGAUGUUGAACAUCAGUCCCAGACCCAAGAAGAGGGCGACGUCGCUGAAGAAACCGAAGAGUCGCCAUCUUGAAAAUGUCGAACUCGAGGAGAUGCGGCCUCGAACGAGCAGCCUGCCGAGCCGGAACCAGCUGAGCAAGCCUUACAUGCAGUACCUGUCCCCGUGCGUGGACGACGAAAGCGUUUAUACGUGCCGCUCGUUCGUCACGACGUCCAAGGGCGUCCUCGUCAACCGCGGGGACUCGCUGCGGUCUCGGAGUACCAACAGCAUCAUUUCCUCCGGAAGCGGAAGUAUGACCGAACUCACACCCUUGUCGCCUUCCUCCAGCUCCCUAUCCCAGAGCAGCCUAGCGAACAGUACCGGUUCGGCGUUUGGGGCUUCUGCGUUCCGCGUUUUAGUGCUUGGAAGUCCAGGUGUGGGGAAAACGUCUGUGACGCAACAGUUUAUGACCUCGGAAUAUCUCGGUGGUUUUGAUGCUAGUAUCGAUGGCGAGCGAGAACGAACCGUGUCGGUCCUCCUGGAUGGAGUAGAAUCGUCCAUAGCCUUCCUCGACUCCGGGGACGAAAUGGACUGGACUCUGGAGACGGGUAUUGAUGCCUACGUUCUCUUGUUCUCCAUCGACGACCGGUCCACGUUCGAGGACUGCACCGAUGUCCUGUUCGAGAUCCGCAAACAGAACCACCAGGACACGCCCAUCAUCCUCGUCGCCAACAAGUGCGACUUGGUGCGCACUCGCAGCGUAGGCACGGAAGAAGCUAAAAGUGUCGCUUCCACGUACAACUGCAAGUACAUCGAAACGUCCGUCGUGUUGAACCACAACGUCGAUGAGCUGUUGGCGGGGAUCGUCUGCCAGAUGCGGCUCAAACGCAAGACGUCGAUGAAGACGUCGUCAAAGAAGUCUGGCGGCGACGACGACCACGGCUGCUACUCCCGCAGCAAGACUCUCCUGACCAAGAUAUUCAAGAAAGACAGCGUGUCCAAGUCGUGCGACAACCUGUACGUCCUCUGAUACUGUUCUAGUAGACGUUGACGUUGUCGCUGCCGAUGUUGGUGAUCAUUAGAAUGUUGUUGUUGUUGUUGAUCAUGUUGACGCCAAAGUUGACGCUGAUUGUGAAGACGAUGUCGAUGGAGUUGAUAAUGAUGAU